AUGCGUCCAACCCAAGCCAUCGCUCGCCCUCUCACCACUCGCAUCAUGCAAGGUGCUGCGGGACGCUACACGCGCUACCCGAACAAGCUUCACUCGCGCAGCAUCAUCACCUUGAAAGACCACCUGUUCUUCUCGAAGGCUACGGCCUCUGGGCCGGGCCGUAACGGCAACGUCAAGUCUUUCGGUGAUGCCCCCCUCGACCUGAAGAUUUCCAUGCCGAAGAAUGCCGGUGGAAAGGGUGACGGCCAGAACCCGGAGCAGUUGUUCGCUAUGGGCUAUUCAUCAUGCUUCCUCGGCGCCCUGCAACUUAUGGGCUCGCGUGCGGGCAAGAAAGAGCUCACAGACAAAGCUCAGGUUCACGCCACUGUUUACCUGGGUCACCCGACCGACCCGAAUCUGGAGGGCUUUGGCCUCCGCGUCGAGCUUACUGUCGAAGGUUGCGAGGACGACGCCCUCAUUCAUGCCGCGCAUGAGUUCUGCCCUUACAGCCGUGCUCUGAAGCACGGCAUCGACGUCAAGGUCAACAAGGUCUAAGCCCUUGAGGAUUUCGUCGUGUUAUCAUGCUCUGUCUCCCUUCACUGUAUCCUCCCAAUACCCAUUUAUCCCAAUCACGCCCAUUUAACGAGGCUUUAUUGAACUGCCUAGAUAAAUUAUGGCAACCUGAAUAUACAAAACAUGUAAACAUACACG